AAGUGGGCGCGCCCGCCAAGAUGUGUGCUGGGUAGAUGAGCGACGUUUGCUGCGGUCCACUGGGUAGGCUGGUAGACCGAUCUAUCCAGCACACAUCUAGGCGGACACACCCACUUGUGAUGUCAGAAGAGGCCGAUUUCCAAAGCGGCCAGUCACACUCACACCUGGUGGAAUAAUACGUCCCCUUUUAAGAGUAUCUUGUAACAUUGUUCUGGUGCUAGUAAAUCAGAGUUAAAAAGGAUAUCCUCGUCUCGACCUGCGUUCUUGUUAUAAGUUAUCCUUAUAUUAUGUAACAAACAUAAUGGUGCUUGUAUGCCUGGUCGUUCACAAAGGCGUUAGUAAACACGCAUAUCAUGAAGCUUCAACAAUAAAGCAAGCUAACGAUUCGCUUUUUGUUUCUUUAAAAUAGCCCUUAUUCUGCCGCCCUGUUUGAGCACCACACCAUGAUUCAGCUCAUCCUGGAGCUCUGCAAGGCCGACGGGCCGCCCGACCUCGUCAGGAUCCAGGCCAACCUGGAGAAGAUCCACGCCUGCAGCGCCCAGCUGGGCUCCCUCCACCAGGAGGGCGGGGUGAAGACCCUGGAGGCCUCCGCCAUCGCCUUCUCCCAGCUGGUCCUCCGGCUGAUCAGCGUCCCCUCGGAGAAGGAGAUCUUCCUCAAGGAGGUGUUCCCCGUGACGUACGGCCGGGUCUACGACCAGACCCUCAGACGGCUGCUGGCCGAGUUCCUCUCCAGACUGGAGCAGCUGCUGCCCAACCCCACUCUCACCCAGACGGCGGCCUGGCUCCCUGACGGCCCCUCCGGACCAGAGUUCAGCCGCUGGCUGCCGGACCCCUCCCCCCUGGAGACGCUGCUGCUGCACCACCGGGGGCUGGGAGCCCUGGGCCACGGCCCGCCCCGCUAUGAGGAGGUGAACACCAUCAUGGCCGCGCUGGCACUGCCCCCCCCUGCCCGCGGCCCCCGACCGGAGGAGGGCCCGGACAGCGGGGACGGAGACGGGGACGGGGACGUCCUUUGCGGGGAGGAGGAGUCCCGGGACAGCUCAACGCGACCCAGCCGUAAGGAGCCGCCCAUCAAACCGACAGGCCACAGGCGGUCCCCCUGUCGCCAGCCCGCCUUCAAGAUGCUGAAGAUCCAACUCCACAAGAUCAUCCCCCCUAACAUCCCCCGAUUGACCAAACCCCCCAUCCCCCCCUCUACAGGACCCCCCACCCCCCCCUCUACAGAACCCCCCAUCCCCCCCUCUACAGAACCCCCCAUCCCCCCCUCUACAGAACCCCCCAUCCCCCCCUCUACAGAACCCCCCAUCCCCCCCUCUACAGGACCCCCCAUCCCCCCCUCUACAGGACCCCCCAUCCCAGAACCGGGGCGUCCCGUCCCCAAGCCCCGGGGGCGCCCCCCAGGCAGGAGGAAAGCCGUGGACGGCACGGCCCGGGAGGGGCAGAGAAAGGAGAACGCCGAUAGGGCGGCGGCCACGCCCGCCUCGACCAAGAGGAAGAGGCGGAAAGGCGAUGAGGAGGAAGAGCGGAUCGAGGAGGAGGAGGAGGAGGAGGAGGAGGAGGUCGACGAAGCGGAAGAAGGGGCGGAGCAGCCCCCCGCCGACAAGCCCAAGGGGCGAGACCGGCGGUUCCUGAGCGCGCGGCCGGAGAACCCGCCCCACACGGAGGCGGAGACGCGGUGCCCCCGCUGCGGCAAGAGCUUCCUGCGGCCCAACCAGCUGAAGACGCACCUGAAGCUCCACGCGCUGCCCUACCGCUGCCUGCCCUGUGAGAAGGGCUUCGGCAGCAAGUCGGGCUACUACCAGCACCAGCGGCUGCACAGGAAGGGGCGGGCCUUCCCCUGCGGCCACUGCCCGCUCAGCUUCCUGUGCCGCUACUCCCUGCGGCAGCACGAGCGGACGCACACCGAGGGCCCCACCCACCUCUGCCCCGAGUGCGGCAAGCGCUUCAGCAAGGUGAGCAUGGUGCGGCACAUGCGCAUGCACGCCGGCCAGAAGGACUUCCUGUGCCCGGCGUGCGGCAAGAGCUUCCUGUCGUCGGGGGAGCUGCUGCUGCACACGCGCACUCACACGCGCGACACGCCCUACACGUGCACGCUCUGCGGGAAGGGCUUCACCACCAAGAGCCACCUGGUGGUGCACGGCCGCUCGCACUCGGGCGAGAGGCCGUACCCGUGCGCCGUCUGCCCCAAGAGGUUCAUCACGGUCAGCUGCCUGAAGAGGCACAUGCUGAGCCACGACGGGGUCAAGCCCUUCAGCUGCCCCCGCUGCCCCAAAGAGUUCUCCCAGAUCGGGAACCUGAGGAGGCACAUGGGCACCCACCCGCCGCCGCCGCCGCCCCCGCCCCCGCACGAGGAGGUGACGGGAGACACGUGAGCACCUGCCGUCUCCGUCAGAGCACCCUAUGGGAGACCCGUGAGCAACCCCCUGCUCCCGAAAGAGCAGGUUAUGGAGACACAAGACCACCCAGUGGGUGCCACCCAGCCAUCUCCUGGAGAGCCCCCCCCCCCCCCCCCCCCACAGGGUCCCCUGAUAUGCCAAUGAGGACACGUGAAGGACUGGGUAUCGCUACUGGAAUCGAAUCACUAAACGAUUAGAUUCCGAUUCACAAGGUUCGGAUUUGACUUAAUAUCCGAUUCGAUAUCGAUUUGGUCAGGAAUAUUUCCGUUGCAAUAGCAAUUUUGCUUGGAUAUGAACUACAUUAUCAUAGGUCUAAUGCUGUACGUAGUACAAGGAACCCUCUAACCUGGUGCAUUAUUAAAAAUAUGAAUGUUUACAUUAAGAAUUGACCCCAAAGCAGUUACAUGAAUUUACUUUUUAUUAAACAUGACCAACAGCCUGACUUAUAUUAUAUAUUAUCUGUAUCUGUACAGAAAUCAAGUACUGUAACAAGGAAUGUAAUGAAUGGACAGGACAUAAUCUGAACUGAUCAGAGCGAGAUCCAUGAACAGGUUAUUAAAUCCUAUAUAUGAUGAAUGAACCAUGUAUACAUGUCCAGUGGAUUAAAAACAAUAAUUGAGUUUGUGCCCGAAACAGCCAAUGUGCAACAGCGCAAUCAAUUCCACACGGACCAUUUUCCCAGCUGAUAUGAAAAGUAAAAUAUGUGAUAUUAUAAUAAUUACAGUGUCUCCUAUAAACAGAUCAAUUAAAGAAAGACUGUGCUCAUACACAGUAUUUACAAUGUGGAGGACGUUUGCAAUAGUGAAAUCGUUGUUAGCACACCCUCAAGUGGCCACUGGUGAGAGUUCACCACAUGGUCGAUGGAAGUGCUUCAAACCAGGAAGUUAAAUUAAACCACGAGACUGCACGGCCGGCGGUCCUCCUCGCUGGAUGCCGAUUGACCGAACAGGCUCUGCAAGGCUCAUUUGCAUAAAGGUAAAUGUCCAUGGUUAUUUUU